AUGGGCAACUGUGAAUGCAGUCCUAAAGCUGCAAAAUCUAAGCAAAGUUUGAAUAGUUCACCGAUUUUAAACGAGCAGAGCGUUCAUAUCCCUCAAAUGCAUCCUAAAGUCCAUGCGCUAGCAGAAAAAGUAUUUAAAGAGCAAAUGAGCUCUGUGGCAAAUAUAGAUCUAGCUGAUAAAAGUUUAGGAGAGGAAUGCGGAAAAUACUUGGCCGCAAUACUUCCCUAUUAUUCACAUGCAAGUGAACUUAAUUUGGAUAAUUGCCAACUGCUUGAAGGGUCAUGCGAAGUUAUUGCUACGUCUUUAAUAGAUAUGAUUAGCUUAAAAGAGUUGAAUUUGAGUAGGAACAGAAUUGGAGAUAAGGCAGCUGAUAUACUGAGUUUAAGCUUGAGCAAACUUACAAAGCUGGAAAAACUUAUGCUAGAAAAUAUUGGUAUUGGUACAGAAAGUGUUAUUUUAAUUUCGACAAGUUUGCUAACAUUAUAUUAAAUAGAAUAUUAAGGGUGCCUAAUGCCACACUCCCACUAAAGUGACAGAGCCAAAAUGGUGACACCAGAGUAAUUCAGACCAAAAAGAUAGGUACAUCCCAAAUAAAACGCCUGCCAUCAUGAGAAGUACUUCUCAUUAAACUCGAUGCUAUUGACAAUUACCUUAAGCUCCUCAUAAGGGUCAUCCUCCUCAAUGUACUGAAUGGCGAAACCCUAAGCCUCUUGGUUGCACUGAGAAACAGUUCCUCUGGUUAUCCCAAAAGUUAAACCGCUGCUGCUUUGAAAAAGAUCUCGAUAGAAAACAAACCCAUAAAUAAAAUUCGAUGAGUGAGAGAAAAUUAGCCUCGAACCAAAUGCAAUUUUAUUUAUGAGAGGUUCGCAAACACUGAUCAAUUUAAAAGAAUUAAACUUGAGCCAAAAUCGGCUUGGAAACCAAGGUGCAAGAGCAUUGGCUAAUACUUUUUCAUAUAUUCCGAAGCUAGAACUCCUCGAUAUUCAUAAUACAGAAAUCGGAGCUAAAGGAGCAGCAUUUAUUGGAUUUGAAAUUUACAAGCUGACUAAGCUGAAAGUCCUAAAUAUAGGUGAAAAUAAGCUGUUCUCUUCUGGAAUUUCGGCUAUUAUCUCAAGCCUCCCCAAGUCUAUCCAAAUUCUAAAUUUCGAACAGACUGGCUUGGAUAGCCACUGUUUAUCAGAAAGCUGUGAAUAUCUUUCAAGGCUUUCUUCUCUAACAGAUCUUUAUUUAGAUAGAAACAACAUAAGUAGCGAAGGAUCAGCCUCGAUCAUAAGAAUCCUUUCAUCACUGAACUUAAAAUACCUUGGCCUUUUGGGCUGCGAUGUCAGUCAGCAACGCCAAGAAAUCACGCUUGCAAGCAUGUCCACAGAAAUUUACUUAUAG